AUGGAUUCUUCAUGUGACUUAAGGAUGGACAUUUGGAAGGUAGUGCCAAUAUAGAGACUUUUAUCUGAUGGCAAUGUGAGACGGCUGAGCCACGAAAAACCUCAAGGAGUCGUGAAUCAGCACAUAGUUGAAGCUGACAUUCAUAGAACUCGUCCUCAUGAUUUGACUGAAGAAGAAAAAGAACUGCUUGAACUAUGCCUGUUGAAUUAUUGCAAAGAAGAAAAUAUCAGCUACAGACAAGGACUGAAUGAGCUGAUAGCGCCCUUUAUUCUUAUGAACCGACUUUGCCAAAUUCCCAGUCAUGUCGCUUAUGGAUUUUUCAAAAGUUUUAUGCAGCUCUGCCUCCCUACUAUGUUCCGCGACAAUGUAAGCUUCUAAUUAGGAACUGAGACCUCUGCAAGCUCUUUUUUUGACUUUCCGCUUACUUUUGAGGUACCACGAUCCCACUCUCUGCGCUUUUUUAUUUAUGAAUGGAAUUACACCUGAACUGUUUGCGACCAGCUGAUUUCUAACGCUUUUUUCCUGCAAAAUAAACAACAUUAAGUCAGUAUAUUAUCUGUUUGAAGAGCUAGUUGUAGAAGCAGACCCUCUGUUUCCUGUGUAUAUAGGAAUGUCGUUCUUACAAAAAUACAAAAAUGACUUGUUAUCUACAGAAGAGGUGCUUCUGCCCCAGACCAUAUGUGGGAUGUCUCUUGAAGACGAAGAAUGCCUAAAAGAAAUAAUUGUUAAUUCGAGAGAACUGAAGAGAAAUAUGCCUUACUCUGUCCAGCUGUAUUUUUCUGAGAUCAAUAUCUUCGAUUUGAGCACCAUAAGUGAUUUGAUUGAAGACUUAGAAACUGAGUUUUGUCUGUCAGUAGAUCCCAGAGAAAUCCUACAGAGGGCGUACCCUGAAGGUAAGGUCUGCAAUUGCUUGCAAGGAUGCGAGUGGUGCAUGCACAGAGAGCGCGUCGCUCUCCUUUUGCUUGAUGUCAGGACUGCAGCAGAGCAGCAUGCAGGAGCCAUUCCGAACUCGUUGCCGAUCAAUGAAGACGCGUAUAGUAAUAGAGAAAUAAUGCUGGAUUUCCCUGACCAGUUUUUAGAUAUGAGGGGAGUGGUUCAUCUGUGUCUGAUUGGCAGGAACAAGUUUAAGUCCAAAACUUUUGACCUGGGACAUAGUGACUCUUCUUUGAGCGCGGACCCAGUAGAAGACAUGAUCCAUAAUUUGUUGCAAGCUUUUAUAGUCAAGGGAUUCCCUUAUAUCAGCUUAGUUGAUGGAGGGUUCUUUGAAUGCCAUGAGCUGGCUAAAGAAUGUGAACUGCGCAUUGACGAGCACGAUGAAAAAAAAUGCCUUGCCUGCAAAGUAUCGAGAACUUCUGACGUAAAAAGCCGAGCUUCAUCACGAUCUGGGGAGUCCAAAGAAACUGAGGUCACUUCGCAGUCUAGGUCACUAAGCGACCCUUCAAGUCUAGACAAAAUAAAAGCUGACCCAACAGCAGCCGUUUACAGCUGCAAAACUUAUGAUAAAGAUCUUGAUAAGUCUUCUUCUGAAGAAUUCUUACUGAUAGUUACCAAAAAUUUCAUUUAUCUUGGAAUGGACGAAGACAGGAAGAAAGGGAGAAAAUCACAAAUUGUGGAGCAAAUGAAGCUGGAGAACUUGUCCAAAAUUAAGUCUUAUAGUAAAGACGCAAAAGUGUUGACACUGUUUUUUGAAGGUACGAAAAGGCUGUUUUGCUAUAUGCUCAACUCUCAGAGCAAUGCAAAAGAUUUUAUUAAACUCACAAAAAAAAAUUAUGCUGCUUUGAAAAGGAGUUUUUAA